GUAACACAGAAGAAGGUCACAGAGGAAGUUAGCAGCAGCUAGCAGCUAGCAGCUGAGAACAGCUUUCAUAUUUACGGUUUUAAUUUAAAGUCAGUUUAUCUUAAAGGUACCAGAAUUAAGUGGUUAGAACCGGAACACAUUUAUUAAACAGCUUUAGAAACAUCUGCUGAAGAUCCAGACUUGGAUGAAAGUCGUGAUGCGUUCAGAGUCCUCUGCGGUCUUCAGUCAGUCUCUGCUUAAAGCUGCAGUAAACUGAAGAAGCUCUGUGAUUGGCUGAGAGCAUCGUCUGACUCUGUGUUUGCACCUCAGACAAACUGAAGCUGAGGAAGAUCUGAUCCUGGUGACAGGAUGUCUGUAGCUGCUCUUUGAUCGGAUCCUUCUCCAUUUGCAGCGCCAGGUCCAGCUCCUUGUUAUGUCCAGGCACAGUAAGCUGCAGAAGCAGGUCCUGGCUCUGUAUCGGCAGUUCCUGCGAGCUGGGAAAGAGAAACCGGGCUUCAUUCCCAGAAUCCGAGACGAGUUCAGAGAGAACUCCCGCAUCAAGAAGACGGAUGUGAUGCAUAUCGAGUAUCUGUACAGACGAGGCCAGAGGCAGCUGGAUCAGCUGAGGGACGUCAACACCAAGCAGCUCGGAUCGUUUUCUAAAGGCAAUGGGACCAACUGAAAAACACAGGACCAUCCUGACCAGUGGAACCAGAUGCCUCAAAGACUGAACCAGUACCAACCUGCAUGUCUGAUGGUGUGAGGACAGCAUGUUAUAUGUAAUAAAUAAAACUUUUAACUUUCAAA